UGAAGAAAAGCACAAAUAUAUGCAUUUGCCUGAAAUCUCGCUACGAAUAUUUUGAAAAUGAUUACUUUCAAAGCGGUUCACCGACACUUCAAGACAGCACAAACAUUUUUCCUUUUUUGAUUCCUUUAUGCAAAUUUCUGGUGUUUGUCACUGGUUAAAAAAAGCAUCACAUUUUUCUUUCGCAACACUCUUAGUAAGCAAUUUUCAUUUCUACUAGGAAUACAAAUAAUUUAUUACCUUAUUUUUCGUCCGUUUUGGCUGUUCGUUAUCUCAUAAGCGAUAGUCAUUGUUUGUAUUCUCAGCGGGACUGUAAAUUGUUUUCUUUCUUUUUUAUUUUUUACCCAAGCGACGAUAAGAGGUGGCAGCAAAUUGUAGUCAGAAUCAUUUCCAUAAAAAUACCAGCUGACUUACCGCCAUCAGCGCUAUAAUAUAUGCUCUAAUGGAUCAUGUUCCUAACUCUUUAAGAUACAAUCUUAGUUCACAGUCUUUAUCGUCUUAAUUUGCUAGUGGAGGUUCUUAUUAACUUGGAUUCGACUCUCCUGUUUUCUGCUUCCAAUGCGAAGUUUUCCCACCUUCAAGCUCUCUUGUCGCAUGAUUUAUACCGAUAGCAGGAAUUGGAGAAUUCAAUAUGUUCAGAGUCACGAUUGGAUUCAUCUUAGUUCUGGUUUGCUUCGUUACCUUGCCCGCUAUUAGUUAUUCAAGUCAUAAAUCGAAAUUAGUCCGUCGGGCCCGUGAGAUCAGGCAAGAGCGACAAACGCGUGAACUCCGUCAGGCGCAUUCUAACGACACCAAAUGCCGAUACAAAAUGGCUCUUUUGGACGUGCCUCCAUAUAUAAUGAACACAGCUAAUAACAAGUCAAAUAGAGGGAUUCUGUACGAUACGCUCAAGUACGCUGUAAAUCACGCUUGUUUUAAAGAAGAAACGUACACGGAAUCUCAUCUGAAAUGCUUCCAGGAUCCAAUAUCUGUAGGUAACUACGACGAGAUGAUCAAACUGAUUAAAGAAAAGCAAGUGGAUUUUGCUUUUCCUAUUCGGUCCGACAUGAAAGCUAAGCUGACGACUGAAACCAAUGUCACGCUCAUCCGGGCAUUUGUCUCAUCCGGGUGUUCAUUGAUAGUGAAUACAAAGUUAUGCGAGCAGGAUUCUCGGAAACAGUUGAUGACUUCCAUCACGUCACAAUGGCCGAUAUUGGCUUGUAUCAUACUUUUGUCAGGAAUAUCUGGGGUUAUCAUUUGGCUUUUUGAACAUAGAGCAAAUGAAACGUACUUUUCACCAUCGUUUACAAUUGGAUCGCCUCAGGGGUUCUGGUGGGCAGUGGUAUCACUUACAACAGUAGGUCCUAAGCUACAAGAUUGCACAGGUUCAAAAGCGAGGGCUGAAAUUCUCAGGAAUGGCUAUUCACGUUGAUUUGUUUCACCCGAAGCUCCACCAGGUCAAUGAUGAACGUAUUUUUUCUGGUUAAAAUAGAAUUUUUACCAAGUUUUACACUUAAUUCUGUCAUGAAUGUAAAGACUGUCAGGUAGGGUUACGCUUGUACUCACACCAAAGCUGGAUCAAGGGUUUUAUGACAGGGGAUCACAAACUUUGAUUCAGAAAGCACAAAUUAAAUUCUCUUUUUAUAUUAAAACCUAAUAAAUACAAGCUUAAAGAUAUUUCAAGCUAAGUAAAUUUCAGUUACCAAAAGUU